AGUUUACGCAAAUCCUAAAGAAAUCAAAGACUUUAUAUAUUUGUGUUUUAUUGUAGAGCGUUUUAUGUUUGUGAACCAGUCACAAACUUCGUUAGGGUAAACGCCAUUUUGCUGAUAGUUUCGUCAAGCGUGGAAUUGGCCGAGCGUUCGCUGUCAAUUAAGCAAAAUUUGCAAUUUUCUUUUCUAACUUAUAGAUCAACACCAGAAAGUCACUACAACCAUGUCGAAUGGAAGUGGAGACCAUGAUGAUGAAGGCUACGUUGUUAAACUGCGCGGACUUCCAUGGUCUACCACCGUUGACGAAAUCAUGAAGUUUUUCAAUGAUUGUUCCAUCACAAAUGGUAAAAAUGGUGUACAUAUGACAAUGUCGAGAGAGGGCCGUCCAAGUGGAGAAGCUUAUGUAGAAAUGGACACGCUUGAAGAUAUUGAGAAAGCUUGCAAACGAGAUAGGGAUCACAUGGGUCAUCGUUACAUAGAAGUUUUUAAAGCAAAAAGAGGCGAAAUGGAGUGGGUAGUCAAGAGAAGUGGUAUGAAUCUAGAGAAUGCUAUGGAUGAUGGUUGCGUGAGAUUACGUGGUCUACCAUUUGGCUGUUCUAAGGAAGAGAUUGCUCAGUUCUUCUCAGGGUUGGAGAUUUUGCCGAACGGGAUUUCUCUACCAACAGACUACACGGGCCGCAGUACUGGGGAGGCUUACGUUCAAUUUGUUAACAAAGAUGUUGCGGAGCGCGCUCUGCAGAAACACAAGGAAAAGAUAGGACACAGAUACAUCGAAAUCUUCCGAAGCAGUUUGUCCGAGGUACGCGCUAGUAUUGGACCGAAAAUGCGAGGUGGGCCGAUGGGUGGUUUCAAUCAGAGACCUGCACCCUAUGACCGAGGCUCUCGUUUUGGAGGGAUGAACCGUUUUAGCAAUAAUAGCCGAGGUUCUAGAAAUAGAGACUUUGAUGGCGGUCCAUGGGCAAGUGGUAAUAACUUCGAUUCACGCGGAGGAAGUAUGGGAAUGAGGGGUGGUUUGGACAUGAAAGGUGGAAACUUUAGAGGCAGUGGUGAUACAUGGGGUGGUAAUUCUGGUAUCCACAGUAUACACAUGCGUGGAUUACCAUUCAAAGCUACUGAGCAAGAUAUAGCCGAUUUCUUUAGACCUAUCGAACCAGUAAAUGUUCGAAUUAUUCUUGAAAAUGGUGGACGUCCUUCUGGAGAAGCUGACGUAGAAUUUGCAACUCACGAGGAAGCUGUCAAAGCUAUGUCCAAGGACAAAAGCCACAUGUCUCAUAGGUAUAUUGAAUUAUUUUUAAAUUCAACUGGUGGUUCAAGCGGAAUGUCAUUGGGUGGCAUUGGAAAUUUCUGCGGAGGCUUGGGUAAUAACUUCAGGCCCGGAUAUUCCCCAAACAGAGGCUUUAGCUCUCAACUAGGAGGAAGUAAUUAUAAUAGUUUUUGAGGUCGGAUGUCGCGUUUCUUACGCUAUCGACGAUAAAACAUUUCAUAAAUCAAAGAUUUAACAUACUGAAUUACAAUUGUAUUACAGUGAAAUUUCAUUUCCGUAUUACGUUCAGUUACGAAAGUUGAUUAGUGUUUCACUGUUAGAACCAUUCAACAGAACAUAAAAUUUGUUUAAUAACUAAAGUAACAUCGAUGAAUAUUAAUUAGUUUAAUAUUUUUUUAAGGGAUUUAAUGAAUCAGAAUUUAUUACGACUUUGUUUCAUUUUCAUUUAUUAUUAAACUAAGAUAAAUAUUAUUUUGAAUCAUUUCAUCAAAUUAUUGAUACAAUACAAGUUUUUAUUCGUAAUGAUCAUAAAAGACAAAUUAUAUUUUUCAGUAUAAUAAUUCCGUUGAAUCCUAAGUCACAAAAAUUAUUAUUAUUUUUUUUUAAUCAUAUCAUCUUGAUGCAUUGUACAUCUGCCAUUUCAUUAAGACCUCACAAAAGUGUUCCAAAUUCUAAUAUUAGAGAAUAAGCAUAUUUAUAACAGCUUCGACAUUCGGUCAUUGUCAACGUUUGCAAAUCAUAUAAGAAUAUAGAUAAUUUAUAUCAAAACACAAACAGUUUAACAAUUACGAUUCAUAUUGUAAUAUAUUUAACUAAAUAAUAAUUCACAGUUACAUUUACAUAGUUUAUGUAUAACUUUAUUAAAUAUUACUAUUCUAAGUAAUGCGCGAAAUGUUUUGACUACGAACUCACGUUUAAUGAUGCAUAUAAUAUUGUGAAAAAAAGCAAUGAAAGAGUAUGUUAAAUAAUUCAGUGUGUACUAAAUCCUGGACUCUAUUCCACUUUUGGCAUUUAUAAAACUCGCAUCAGUCAGUUUGAGUCAGUUUUACUUGUAGUGUGUAUAGUUCUACAGGUUUUCGUGAAAAACAUUACUAUAAAAAAAAGAAUAAAAAAAAAGUACAUGUAACAUUUUAUUAUAUACGUAAUAUAUAAGGAAAAAAGAAAUAAAAUACUCCUUAUCUUUCAUUGUGAAAAUGAAUGUGGUAAAGAAAACAAGAAUGCUUGUAUUUGUUUAGGACUUUAUAUUUUGUACGUAAAAAAAAUUUACAUUCAAAUAAUAAUAAUAAUAUGUAUCCUUAUAAACUUAUCUUAUGCAUGAAGUUAAUAGGAAUGAUGUAUGUUUGAUGUGAUCUAUGUUUUGUAAAGCAUAACAAUAAAUAUUAUCUUCAUAAUUGAAGGUUUUCAUUCA